GGCGGUUGGUGAUUCACGGUGAUUCACCUGGAUAACAAUUUUGUGGAAUAGCAGAACCAGGAACAGGUUUAUAUCAUCGACAUAUCCCACCCAGACCAGACAACAGGACAUAUCAUGGAAAGUACAGAUUCGAUACAGAGUUCAUCUCCAGAAAACUCAGUUCGAACGGCAAGCACCACCAGCGAGGCUCCUAGCUCAGGGGUCCACACUUCACCUAGCUCUGAUGACGAAGUUCUCUACCAAGGCAGAAAGGUUCCCCGGUCGACCAGGCUCAAGCAGAUGAGAGAAUCGCAAAAGCUCUUACGAGAUAAGCGGAGGAAUAAGGUCAAGGCACUCGAAGAUGAAAACAAAGAACUAAAGUUGGAAAUCAAGCGUUAUAGGGAAUUUGCUGCUCUAAAUUGUGCCAUGUCAGAUCCACUCUUCAGGUACUACCCCACCCGUUUCUUUCCGGAGAAGGUAGAGCAGCUAAACGUUAAGUUCGUCAAGACGAAUAACGCUGUGGGCUUGCGAGACAAACCUUUUGAUAAGGUCAACAAGUUGUACAUGGGAGAAGGCAAGAACGUCACUACCUACAUCCUUGAAAGCACCUCCAAAAUGAUCAAGGAAAAGGACAACUUGCAGCUCAAGCGCACGGUGUUCAGAUUCAUCCCUACCAUCGAACUGGCAUUGACAUAUGUGGAGUAUCUAGAAACGUAUUUAAAGUCUCAAUCGAUACCUGAGCAUUGGUCGGAGGGUUCGAGACAGCUUCCGGAUGGUGUGAUAUCGUUGUUUGAGGUGGUGGACUACUUAUUGGCAUAUACUGAUCUCUUGCGGAUGAGUAUGGAGGUGUUUGCUACCUUUGCUGCCUCCCUUUCAUUUGCUACUCACUGGGGCCCUGGGAUAUUUGUGUUUGACCUCUCCACAUGUGUGAAGGCGGCUAUCAAUCCCAUGUACGAUGCCGCAUUAUUGCACAACGUUCUUGAGAAACAGGUGGAGUCUAUCGUUGGUUCCGUUUGCGAAACUGGAGAGAUCACUGCCUCUGCUCCGAGUAUAUUCAGCAACAGAUCAUUUGACCAUCUUGAUGUGUGAAAAAUACCCCGUAUGCUAGACAAAGAAUAUGACAGGGGCCACAGUUUAAAGCCCAAAUCGUGGGUACACAACUGAAUAGACAUGGCCUGUACAUAGGUGAACACGAAUAUGAAUAUGAUAUCUACGAACUAAUAAAUGAAUUGAAAUGCAACG